UUGGCCUUGACGCGGCUGGCGAUGGAUUCCGCGGCCGGGUCCUCAAACGCCCUGGUGCGUAAGAGGACAGACACUGACCUGAUGCCACCUCCGCCUCCCGCAAAGAAGAUCAAGAGACCGAAGAAGGUGUUAGAGGAGGAUGCAUACACCGAGGCACUCUCUCAGAUCAUCGCCAGAGACUUCUUCCCCGGCCUUCUGGAGACGCAGAUUCAACAGGAGUACCUCCAUGCGAUAGAGUCCAAGGAUGCCGCCUGGAUAUCAAGCGCCAGUCGGAGGCUUCGAAACGUCAUGACACCUGGCCGCAAACCCACCAGAUCAGCCUCAUCAAUAAACGCCACACAUGGCAGCCAGACGCCUACCAGUUUCGUCGGCGAUACGCCAGCGUCGAUGGCAACAAGCGUCGCGCAGGACAAGCCGAAGCUGGACGUCAAUAUGAGCCUGUCAGCAUUUCAGGCCACCUACACUAGCGAGGACAAUGAGAGCUUUUAUAAGCUGAUUGACAAGCAAAACCAGAAGAGGGCCGAUAAGUACGCCUGGCUCUGGCGCGGCAACAAGCUGCCCUCAAAGCAGAUGAUAAAGCAGAAAGAGGUCACCGACAGGCUGGAGAAGACUCGGAGCCUGGUUGAUGACGGGUUCAAGAGAGAUUUAUUGGCCAUCCGGGAUGUCGAAGAGCGGCCGGCACGGCCAGACUCUUGGAACGCAGCUCCGAGGAAUGGCUUGAUGUUUGAACCGGAAGGCCUCGAGGACGGCGUCAAGACGGUCGCCCAGAGCGCGGAGGAGCAGUCUCGGAUGGCACCAAGGGCAAUUAGCUACGAGAACACAAGGAUGCCGCAGCCUCACGUCCCGCAGCGACCACCGUCGCCGACCAUGUCGUCCAUACGCGACGCUAUUUCGGGCAAGCCGCGACAGACCGAUCUCGAUUCCAGCAUUGUCGGCGGCGGCGAAACGCCUCGAGUAAACGGCUACGCUUUCGUGGAUGACGAGGAUGGCGACGAUGCUGCACCCCUGCCUGCGCCUAUCAAUCUGGGGCCUGGAGAUGCGACGAACCCUUUCAAGAUUCAAGACCAGAGAAAGCGAGAGCUCCUUCAUGAACGAAUGGUGGAGCGCAUCGCCAAGUCCAAGAGUGAUUCUCUGCGCAGAGGAUUCACGGGCAAGGAGAGUGCGAUGGAGACACCACGGUUCACCAGCGGUCCAAGAGCAUCAGGAGGCUUGACGCCAGCCGCACAACGACUAUGGAGCAAGAUGGCGACUCCCUUGAAGGGGAAAGCAGCCGAUUCGAAAAUCCACAUGGGGUUUGUGGACUUUGCGAUUGACCUCGCGGCGGUUCUCAAUGCCUCUCGGUCAGUCGCAUCCAAGCAUGUCGCUCUUCGGGGGCGGCAGCUGGACGUCUACAGCAGGACGUCGAGUGUGGGGGCGCUGUUGAGGAAGACUAAAGCUGCCGGUGGUGCGACGCAGGCGGGGGAUCCAGGGCGGAAUGGGUCUGGUCAUGGGAGUGAGGCCGUGGCGAGGGGGGACGUUGGCGAGAAGACGUCCGAGUCUGUGGCUUCGUCUUCAUCCCCGUCACCAGUUUCAGAAGGGCUGAAGGUGGAGGAUCUCAAGAUCCAGGAAGCGCCGAGGACAUCCUCUGCCUCUACGGCUCGAGAUCAGGAUCGAGACAAGCUUAGCGAAGAGCUGGGACUGCCCCCGGGAGCUGACAUCAACAUCUUCCACACAGCGCGGGGCUCGCAGAUACUGGGCUCUUUACGCAGACAGCAGGGACCGGCGAAGGGCCGGAGAGAGGCUGCGGGAGGCGGGCCGGGAAAGGAGCAUCCUCUGCGGUAUUGGCCGCGUCCUCCGCCGAUUGAGGCGGAUGCCGCUGAGACUGCUCCUUCCGAGCCUUUGAAUACUGCGGCCGAGUCUGGGAAAGGCAAAAAGGAGUCACCACUAGACACCGGCAAGCUGGAUGCAGAAACAGUCGAAGCCGUCAAGGAGGCCUUCAUCCCCGAGACAGCGCCCGCAAGUGUGCCCAGCUACCAGCUCCGAGAAUCCAAAGUGCCAGCUACCCGAUUCAGCCGAAUUCUCAACUACGGUGGCCUGGCCGCUGGCAUGCUAGGCGGUGCUGUGACGGAAAGCGUAAGCAGAGCCUUUGGAGGCGGCGGCGAAGGAUCCGUGCUGCUCAGUGGCGGCAACAUGGAGAGACUGGUUGCAAAGCUGUCCCGGAUGAGGGGUGCCGCCCUGAAGCUGGGGCAGAUGAUGAGCUUCCAGGACUCCAAGAUGCUGCCGGCCCCUAUCCAGGAGGUGCUGCAGCGGGUUCAGGACCGAGCAGACUACAUGCCGGCGUGGCAGCGGGACCGGGUUCUGGCCAGCAACCUUGGUUCUGACUGGCGAGACUUGUUUAGCGAAUUCGAAGAGAAACCCAUUGCCGCGGCGUCCAUCGGUCAGGUGCACAAGGCGGUGCUCAAGUCGAACGGGAAGCGAGUGGCCGUCAAGAUCCAGUUCCCCGGCGUGGCCGACUCCAUCAACUCUGAUCUGGACAAUCUCGGCAUUCUGCUGACGGCCACAAAGCUGCUCCCCAAGGGCCUCUACCUGAACAAGACGAUUGACAAUGCGAGACUGGAGCUGGGCUGGGAGUGCGACUACGUGCGCGAGGCAGAAUGCGCGAAGCGCUUCAAGGAGCUCCUCCGGGGUGAAGAGGACGUCUUCGAGGCCCCUGACGUGUACCCGGAGGCAUCUGGCAAGCAAGUCUUGACCAUGGAUUUCCUCGACGGCGUUGGCGUAACUCGCGUCAAGUCGUUCACCCAGGAGCAGCGCGACUGGAUCGGCACGCAGAUAUUGCGACUGUGCCUGCGGGAGAUUACAGAGUUCAAGUUUAUGCAGACGGACCCCAACUGGACCAACUUCCUCUACAACGCCAAGACGAACAAGCUCGAGCUGCUGGACUUUGGCGCCUCGCGGGAGUACCCGGAGGAGUUCAUCUCGCAGUACGUGCAGCUCCUCGAGGCCGCGUCCCGGUCGGAUCGGGACGGCGUCAAGAAGUUCUCCGAGGGCCUGGGCUACCUGACGGGCCACGAGAGCAGGACGAUGCUGGACGCGCACGUGCAGUCGGUGCUCACGCUGGCGGAGCCGUUCCUCGCGUCGGCGCCCGAGGUGUACGACUUCAAGGACCAGACCAUCACGGAGCGGGUCAAGGCGCUCAUCCCCGUGAUGCUGCACGAGCGGCUGGCGCCGCCGCCGGAGGAGACGUACAGCCUGCACCGGAAGCUGAGCGGCGCCUUUCUGCUGUGCGCGAGGCUGGAGAGCAAGGUUAGGUGCCGCGAGCUGUUUGCCAACAGUGUGGCCAAGUCUGGAUACGUUCAGCGCGUUUGA